UACAAUGGCCCCUUGGUGUGACAACGCGGCAGUUUAUUCACCUGCCGGACGCAGUCGGUGUAGUUCUCGAGCUCACUUACUUAUGGUUACUUAAUACGGCAAUUAAAUCCCGGCUCUGUGGGCGUGCUAAGGUAAUUGAACGUGCGAAAAAGCCUCGAGUCUAGCCCCAGGGCAGACCGCACGACCAACCCCUCGCCGGGAAUAGCGUUGCCAAUUAAGAGCGACAAAAUGGGUCUUCGACCGCGCUUCUCCAAAGUCGGAGGCUGAGCCGCUGCUCAUUCACAAAUCGGCGCUUGGAGGCUUAGGAACCGAACAGAAUGCUGAAAUUGCAACCCAAGCUGGAGGUGGUUCAGGAGAAGCCAGAGUCCGGCCCGGAGGCCAAAGACAGCUUUCAAAAUGCAACUCAAGACAGCCAGCUGGAUAGUAUCAUAGUCCAGAUCGGUCAGUUUGGUCGCUUUCAGAUCUCCAACUACCUGCUACUCUGUUUGCCUAUAAUCUGCAAUGCCUUCUACUCCAUCUCCUACGUCUUUACGGCGGGGCAAGUGCCGCACAGAUGCAACAUUACCCAGUGCGACAGCUUGGAGACCGGCUACGACGAGCCCUUCCUCAACUUCACCACCCCGCAUCGCCACGGAACCUGGGAUCAGUGCGAGCACUACGCUGUGAUGCUUGAUGGGGAUUGGGGGAACGAAGCUGAGUGCAAUGCCAGCUGGUUCGAUGUGGGUCAGCGGGUUAGCUGUGAUGCGGGAUUUAAGCUGCAAAGCGACGAGAGCACGAUAGCCAGCGAGUUUGGCAUCUACUGCUCCGAUCAGUGGAAGCUGUCCAUGGUGGGGACUGUCAACAACAUUGGACAGUUUGUGGGCAUACCCCUGGGAGGAUACCUUUCGGAUCGAUAUGGCCGCAAGUCAAUAUUGGUUCUGGCUGGAGUCCUGAGCAGCUUUGCCGGGUUGGCUCGUUCACAUGCCCCGGACUACUACAGUUUCCUGGGCCUUGAGUUUCUGGACAUGGCCGUGGGCAGUACGCUCUUUCCCACUGCCUUUCUGCUGGCAGUGGAACUGGUGGGACCUAAGCGGCGCGUAAUAGCCGCCACCAUGAUCAGCCUGACCUAUGGGUUGGCAGAGGCGGGUUUGGGUUACCUGGCCAGUUACCUGCUUGACUGGAGAGUGCUGCUCCGGGUCCUCUACAUGCCCGCCCUGCUGCACCUGAUUUUUAUCUGCUUGCUCCCGGAGAGUGUGCGCUGGCUGCUCAGCCAAUCGAUGGAGCAAGAAGCCAAAGAAACCUUGAGGAGAGUGGCCAGGGUGAACCGGCGGUCCCUGUCGGAGCAGCAACUGAACGACUUGGUCCGCUCCAACCGUCAGGUGGAAGCCCAGUCCUCCGCUCCCGGUGGACACUACACAGUCAGACAGAUCGCCCAGGCCCUUGGGUGGCGCAUCGCCCUGUGCUGCUUCGUGUGGUUCACCCACACCUUUAUUUGUCUGGGCCUAAGCCUGAAUGCUGACCAGCUGAGUGGGAGCAAGUUCGAAAACUUCAGCAUCACGGGCCUUAUGCAGCUGCCGGGCAUCCUGAUGGCCACCACGCUGAUGCACCGCGUCGGUCGAAGGUGGGCACUCAGCUUCUCGCUGUUUAGCUGCGCGUCUCUGCUUCUGGCGGCGGCAGCCACGGAUGAAGUUUAUCCCCUGACAUCGUCACUCCUGUAUUUCCUGGCCAAGAUGACCUCCACGGGCAGCUUCAUGAUUGUGUACUUCUUCACCUCGGAGAUCUUCCCGACGAACUGCAGAAACAGCCUUCUUUCUUUCUGCUCCUCUGUGGGUCGCUUUGGAUCUAUGUUGGCUCCGCACACGCCUCUUCUGAUUGUCUACUAUCAGUACGCCCCUCACUUGCUCUUCGCCUUGUUUGGGUUUAUCUGCUCUAGCCUGGUGUUGAUCUUUCCGGAAACUACCAACAAAGUGCUGCCCACCACCUUGGAGGAGGCGCGUGCCCUGGACAGAAGCAUGCCGAGAGAGAAAGUUUGUAAGUCUGCUGCCUAAUUCAUAGUGCGAGGCUCCUCAGGUAUCGGAAAUCAGAGCUGCAGAACAAUGGUCGGGAAAGAAAGAAGUGUCCAGUCUUGAUGUACUGAAUAUCAUGUAAGAUUAUUUAAAAAAGUAUUGAGUAACUUUAAAAAUUCUCGAUUUAUAUCAAAAUGGAUAGUACUAUUAAAAAUUAAUUGUUCACAAUA